CCAUCCAUCUCCCACAUGCUCACCUUCUGCCACAAGAUGACAGCACCCUCAGAAGCUGUUUUCGAUUAGCAGACAACACUCGAUCCAGUCUCUGCUCUCUGCUUCACACCACUUCUCUUCUUUUUCCUCCUCCUCCUCUUCUUCUUCUUACUGUCUCAUCCUCUCCGAGCUAUGGAGAUCUCAGUUUCUCCCUUGGAGCAUUUCUUGGGAGGCGACGGAACUGGUUUUAAGAUGUUUUCACCCUUUUAGAGAGGUUUGUGUGAGAUGAGCUUCUUGCUUGUGAUCCUCCUUGAGCAUGUUGAGAAAGCAAUUUCUUAGAGUUCAUAAUGUUUCUUUUUGGAGUUCUUCAAAAGAUUGGCUUUUUAGGAUCGGUGUUGCAAAGAAGGUGCGAGCCAUUUUUGAUCUUCGUAGCUCGGUGCAAUGUCGAGGGCUAGAGGAACUCAUUUGCACCAGCAGCAACAGCAGUCCCCGCGAGUUCCCCUUCACCUCAAGAACACAAUCAGUCCUGAAACUAACAAUAGUCUUCAUCUCCGAGCAACAGUUGAUCAAAGCCUAAAGCUUAAGGAGAGUAAAUGCAGUGCUAAGGCGGAUGAUCUAGCAACCAAAUUGAGCAAAGCCCGGGAAGAGCUCGAGAAGCUUCGUGAUCGAUUGGACUCCGCUGAACUCGCCAAGGAAGAUGCUGAACAAGCACUCGACAAGGCCAAGAAACAGAUCUGCUCUGCUUCUGCUUCUGCUUCUGUUCAUACUCCCCAAGUAGAAGAACCACAGCAAUCAUUGGAGCAAGAGUCAAAGCCUAGUGAUGAUGGCAGUGAAGGAAUUUCAAUGGAGAAAUUGGAAGAGCAAAGGAAUGAUGUGAUAAUGGAGCUGAAAGCCAUGAUAUUGGAGAAAGAUAAGAAAGUGGAGAUUCUGCUGGAGGAGAACAUGAUCUUCAAGCGAAAGUCCGAGGAAGAAGCUACGAAGCUCUCGGAGGCAGCGCGAGCCAAGGAAGAGGUGCUCGAGGCUAAGAUAGUCUCCAUCGAAGCGGAAUUGAAGGAGAGCGAGGCGAGAGCCGGGAAGCUAGCGGCGCGGUUGGCGGCGACUGAGGGAGAGAAAGAGACGGUGGAGGCGGAGAUGAGGAGGAUGCGGGUGCAAAUGGAGCAAUGGCGCAAGGCGGCGGAGGCCGCCACUGCACUGCUGGCCACGGGGGAGGGUGGGUUCAUGGUGGAGAUGGGAGGAGGAAGGCGGUGCAGGUCGAUGGACAAUCAUCUCGAUGGUUGGGGAUCGCCGGCGGAGAUGGGGGAGGAGGAAGGGGGUAGAGGGUGGAGAAAGAUGGCCGGAAUGCAGAUGCUCGGAGAGAUUUGGAAGAAGAGGACGCAUCACUAGGUGAAGAGGAAGCUGCACUUAAAAGACGAAUACGCUUGCCCCUGUCACCGUCAGCCCUCGGGACACUUAUAGGCCUACUUUGUUUGGUGACUUGGUUGUGCUGUUUAUUAAUUAUUUUUGAUGUUUAUCGACCAAAUUGUUUUGGGUUGUGGAACUUUUUCUUUUGAAACCAAAUUAUAAGUUUUGGUGUUUGAGCA